AUGGACGACUGCCUCUCUGGUGCUCCAGAACUUAGCGAGUUCGAAAAACUCAAAUCAGAAUUAACACAGCUGCUCCAACGAGGAGGCAUGACUUUGCACAAAUGGUGCUCCAACAAGGCAUCGUCAACUGAACUUAAGGAAUUCUCGCUUGACCGAAAUUCUGAUGAGAUAAUGAUCAAAACUUUAGGAAUGCUUUGGAACAGUUUAACUGAUUCAUUUACGUAUAAGGUUACUACCAGCACAGAUUGCAACUACACCAAACGAGAUGUGCUUUCACAAAUAGCCCGCAUCUAUGACCCACUAGGACUCCUAGGACCUGUCAUUGUCAAAGCUAAAAUAUUCAUGCAGCAAUUGUGGUUGCUUCAAUUGGACUGGAACGAAGCACUACCUCCAGAUGUGUCCAAACAAUGGGAAAACUUCAUCAAAACUCUACCAGAUAUCGAAUCCAUUCAUGUUCCCAGAUGUUUCUUGGAAGUUAGCGCAAGGUUCGUAGUGUUACACGGAUUUGCAGACGCAUCUUCAAAGGCUUAUGGAGCAGUGAUUUACAUACAAGGUGUAUCUAACUCCAAUGAAGUAACUACCCAACUUCUUUGUAGUAAAUCGCGGGUUGCACCAACGAAAUCCAUGACAAUCCCUAGACUUGAGCUUUGCUCCUGUCUACUUCUCUCAAAACUUACACAGAAGGUCAUAGCUGCAAUAAGACUCGAAAUACACUCAGUUAUAUUAUAUUCAGAUUCAACGAUAGCCUUAGCAUGGAUAAACUCUCCUUCUAAUUUGCUCAAAACAUUUGUAAGCAACCGAGUGUCUCAAAUUCAGCAACUAUCCAAAGAUUUCCAAUGGAAACAUAUUCCAUCAGAGCUUAACCCCGCAGACUUGAUUUCCCGAGGACUUGAUGUUAAGGCCCUUGCAGCCAGUGAACUGUGGUUUAAAGGACCAGACUUUUCGAAAUUAAACUUACCUGAUCUUCAGAGUGUGCAAAUUUCCAGUGGCUCAACCGACAAACUUUAUAUUGAUGAGUUGAAGCCAGUUUCCAAAAUAACUUUGACUUUAAUUAAUGACUCUAAAUUUUUAGAUGAUUUUCUAGUAAAAGGAUUCCUCACACAGGAGGAAUACAGGAACGCGGAAAAUGUGCUCUUAAAAAUUGUACAGGUGAAGUAUUUUUCUUCUGAGAUCUCUGCUUUAGAAAAACGAUCGCCAGUUCCAUCUACCAGUAAGUUAAAAUUUCUUAAUCCCUUCAUAGAUCCAUCCGAUGGACUAAUUAGGGUAGGUGGCAGACUUGCGCAUUCUAAUUUAAAUUUUAAUCAGAAACAUCCAGUUAUUCUUCCGGCAGGAAAUAAAUUAGUUAAACUCAUAUUUCAGUACUAUCAUAAACGAGAUUUCCAUGUAGGCCCUCAAGCCCUUCUAAAUACUGUGCGUUUAAAAUAUUGGCCCAUUGGUGGCAGGAAUGCAGCACGCAAAGUCGUUCACGAGUGUGUCGAAUGCUUCAGAAACAAGCCAGUUGUCGCAAAUCAAAUUAUGGGGGACCUUCCCGCAGAAAGAGUUACACCUAGCUCAGCAUUCUUAAAUGCAGGAAUUGAUUUAUGUGGACCGUUCGAAAUUAAAUACAAGGGACAGAGAAAGGGUACUCUUCAAAAAAUAUAUGUUGCUUUAUUUAUAUGUAUGGCGACCAAAGCUGUACACAUAGAGUUUGUCUCGGAUUUAACAUCCGAAGCUCUAAUCGCAACCUUAAAAAGAUUUUUUGCGCGUCGUGGCAGAAGCUCCAUGAUUUUUAGCGACAACGCGACUAAUUUUACAGGAGCUUCCGCAGAACUUAAACGCUUAUACAAAUUAAUGUAUAGUAGCGAAGACGUUUCGAAUAUGCUUUCCUCCGAAGGCAUAAGAUGGAAAUUUUUGCCUCCUAGGGCUCCCAACUUUGGCGGUCUUUGGGAGGCAGGAGUGAAAUCUUUUAAAUAUCAUUUUAAGAGAGUGGUAGGCUCCGCAAGACUAACGCUUGAAGAGUUUUUAACAGUAAUCACUCAAAUAGAGGGUAUCCUCAAUUCGCGACCUCUCACUCCUCUACCGUCUGAUACUGACGAAUUUCAAGUUUUAACACCGGGUCAUUUCCUUAUAGGAAAACCUAUAAAUUCGAUACCAGAACCUAACUUCAUCGACAAAAAAGACAAUCUUCUUAAUAGAUGGCAAAGGGUUCAAAAAUUAGUUCAAACUAUUUGGAGACAUUGGCAAAACAGUUAUUUGAGCCAUUUGCAACAACGCUCAAAGUGGCUGCUCAAAAAGCAAAAUUUAUGUCCUGGCAUGCUAGUUCUUGUAAAGGACAUCCAACUUCCAACCUAUCAGUGGCCUUUAGGUCGAAUCAUUAGAGUAAUUUCAGGUUCAGAUGGCAACGUUAGAGUUGCAGAUAUUCGCACAGCGAAAGGAAAUUUUCGAAGGCCAAUUUCAAAAAUUAGCAUUUUGCCUAUAGUAGAUAAUUUUGAGUUGAAUUGA